GAAAAAGAGGGAGAGGAGGAGGCACAGAAGGAGAGGCAGAUCCAGGACAUUCUUGAGUUGGUUUGGGGGAGAUUCAGGAGAACUGACACCCCCUCCUCUUCAUCUGUACGCCAAGUCUCAGUGGAGAGAGAAGCACCAUGGAGCUUUGGCCUCUGGUGCGGCUGCUGUUCUUGGGCAUGCUGCUGAGGGCAGCUCAGGGACAGAGGGACGAACUCAGCUCCGAGGAGGAAAGAAAAGCUCUGAUGCUGAAGCAUCUGCAAGAGGUUCUGGAGCUAUCAGAGGUGUCCGAAGAGGAGGCUGCACAGGAGGUCACCCUGACAGAGGUAGAGGACCGAGAUGGCAAGGAGAUCUUGGAUGAAAAUGUGGAGGAGGAAGGGCAUGAGGAACAGCCUGCCCAUCCCACUCUGUUGACCUCAACUACAGCAUCCCCAGCUCAGCAGGAGGAGGAGGAUGGCUUCACCUAUGUGUUCUCACGCCUGAACAGCCUGGAUGCAGCUGUCCACCGCCUCAAUGUACAGUUCUACCACAUGGACGUGCGGGUGUCUCAGUUCUCUCAAGGCCUGGCUGAACUGAAGGGGAGCCUGGCUGAGGCUCAUGAGUCACUCGCCUCCUUGAAAGAAGUUGCCACGCGCAACCAGAAAGACCUCGGACGAAUUGAUGGUUGCUUGCGGGGCCGGCGCACCCAGACGAAAUGCUUCCUGAUCUUCAAGGACUUUGAGGUCUACGAUGGGGCACAAAAACUGUGUGCGGUCAGGGGAGGACACCUGGCCAUGCCCGUGGAUGCCACUGAGAUGGCCGUCCUCCGCCGCUAUCUCCACGAUGCCUUCCAGCCUUACAACUGGCCAGCCUGGGUGGGCAUCCAUGACCGGCGCUCGGAAGGGUUGUGGCUCUUUGAGAACGGGCAGCGUGUGUCCAUCUUCGACUGGUACCGCGACCACUUGGUGACUCAGCCCAACGGCGGCACCCGGGAGAACUGCGUCUCCCUCAGCUCCGAUGACGGGAAAUGGUGGGACAAUGACUGUGAGAGGCGAAUGUAUUACAUCUGCGAGUAUCGCCUCUAGGAAGCAGCUCUUUCCAAGCCCAGCCCCUUUGCGCACAUGAUUGCCAUUGGUAUCCUUCCACUAAUGGUGCAAUGAUUAGCGCAUGUGUGCUGUGAGAGCCUACAGUCUCUGGAAGGCAGUGCCUUUUCUCAUCUUUUGCAUGUGCAUGCACGUUUUGCCUGUUCCACCUCCCCAACCCUGCCUGAAGACACACACAUCCUGCCCCAAGCUAUAAAAUAUACACACAGUUGCUGGUGGCCCCGUUAGGUAAACCAUCCCUUUUAUUUAGUAACCCCCUAUCCACACACAAUAAUAAAUUGUAUCUAGCCCUUCACAUGGGGAAAUGUCCAUAGCUUGCAAAAGAACAGCAACUCUCUUCCACAAGGCUUUGCUUUUUCUGUUGCAUGGUGACACUGGCAAUCAUAAUUUAACAUGACCUAUUUGGAACUGAACUGUCUAAAGGGGUCCAGUGUGCAAUGGACUUCAAAGCGGGGGGGGGGAAGAACUUGUUAUGCUGAAAGCAUGGUGGUGACCCUGCAGCCCAUUGCACAUUAGGGCCCUUUAGACAAACUCAGUUCCAUGCUGAGAAGCCGCUGCUUAGGGGGAAAUGCAGUUCUCUGUCUCCAUCCUAAAGGCUGAACUAAGCAUGAUGUUUGCCAUGCGGUUUGGCCUUGUCUGCAAGGCUGAUUUUUCCUUAACAAGUAACUGGUGCAUUGGAGGUGAUGAGCUGAUCAGGACAGUGGCAUUGUGUGUGUGUGUGUGCAUGCUUUAACCCUUUGCCUCCCAGCCUUGAUUGGACCCUCUGUGACUUCUUAUUUGCAGAGAGGAAAGGUUCCAUUUGAACAGAACAGCAGCACUGGGGGGGUGGGGAGGAGUAUUCAUCCCUUCCCAGAUCUAAACUGUAUUCCUUGAAGCUACUUAUUAACUCCACUGGGGGAAAAUACAGGUACAAAAUGGCUGCUUUUGAGUUAAGCAAAUAUACAGAGAUUCGAUCAUGGAUCUUGUAUGUCACAUCUGCUUCAGCCCCUUUUAAUUUAGAGCCCUCCCCUCAUAAAUUCCUCAGUGGGGCAAAAUGCUAGACAACUUUAUCCUGAAGAAGUGGCAUUUUAGAAAUAAACUUCAGGGACAGCAGAUCUACCCCAUAUAAGCAAAAAUAUUGAUUUAUGGGUGACAAACUCUUUGCCGUCUUGCUUUCAAAUUCUCCCAGUUGCUCUGGCUUUCUGCCACCAGGAGACAAGGCCAGCAGUCCUUUAGUACAGUACAAUCCCAUGCAUGUUUAGUUAGUGGCACAUCCCGCUAAGUUCAAUGGGCCAUACUCCCUAGUGAGUUUUAGGACUGCAGCCUUUAAGUGUUGCAUUGCCUGAUGUUGCAGCUUGAUCUUUCUUUCUUACACUGCCAAAUAAAGUUUAGCGAGAAGAUGGUGUACUUCCUCACCAUAUGUACCUGUUCCCUUCAUAUUGGUCCAAAAGCCAUUACUGAAUACACUUUAUGGGAUCAAAGGGGGGGGAAAUAUGAUCGUUCUAGAAUCUUUAAGAAGUAUGGAUUAGAUGAGGGGGCAUUAAAGAGAUACACUGCAGGAUGGCAAUAGAGCUGAAUCAUGGGGUCAAAGGGCAAUCUGUGAAUCACAUCACAGUUGUUAAAGCAAGCAGAUGGAAUGGAAUUCUUCCCUCAGAUGCAAACCCCUUUAGCUCCACUAUACCCCCUCCCACACACACUUUCUAGGACGGCUUUUACCAGCCUAGUGGCCUCCAGCUGUUUUGGACUACAACUCCUAUCAGUCCCUAGGGCAUAACCUCCUGCCUUUGCCUUGGGGUAAAUCUCUCCAGCUGCCCCAUCUCUCCUAUUCAUCUUCCUUAGUAAAACCAGAAGUGCCCUUUUAAA